AUGCACAGCAUUCUAUGAAGACUGAAUGCACCUUUUUUCUUUGGAGUUAUUGUGCUAGGGAUUUUGACUGGAAUCAAUGUGAUAAGCACUUAUUUUGUGGACUAUAGAGUUGAUACGAGCAUUCAGAAUAUUCAUGUCAAUAAAUUUAUAAAUAAUUCAAGAUUCCAUUGGGAAGAGGCUGAGCUAUCAUUCGAUUUGAAAGGAGAUUUCAGUGAAGUCUUUAAUUGAAAUGUGAAUUAUAUAUAUAUUUAUGUGGAACUAGAUUAUGAAUCUCCUAUGAGAAAUGCAAUCAUUAUAUGAGACAAAAUAAUACCGAGAUUUUAUUAUAAGCCUCUUAAAAUCGAGUAUAAAUCAGAAAAAGGCAAAUACACACUUAAGAACAAGGGAUACAAUUUACGAGGGAAAAAUGUUUUAGCCAAAAUAAAACUAGAAAUCGAGCCAAUAGCUGGGUUUAUAUUUAAAAUUGAAGGCUCUCAUUCGAAUAUCACAUUUCCUACAAAUUAUAGCUAUUAA